AAAUAGAAUUGUCUGGAAACGGAAAUACGUAAACAAGCUGCGUCUGUCCGUGUUGUGUCGACGACCAAAGCUGUACGCUAUUUUUGUUCUUAGAACAUUUUGUACGGAAAAUAUACAACUAUGGCUAUGCAAGCAGCUAAACGAGCUAAUAUUCGAUUACCACCUGAAGUCAACAGAAUACUCUACAUUAGAAAUCUACCAUACAAGAUCACAGCUGAGGAAAUGUACGACAUCUUUGGGAAAUAUGGACCAAUACGACAGAUUCGAACUGGAAACACACCGGAAUCAAGAGGGACAGCUUACGUGGUCUACGAGGACAUCUUUGAUGCCAAGAACGCCUGUGAUCACCUGUCUGGAUUCAACGUCUGUAACAGAUAUCUUGUAGUUUUAUACUACAAUGCAAACAGGGCGUUCCAGAAGAUGGACACCAAGAAGAAAGAGGAGCAGCUGAAGCUUCUGAAGGAGAAAUACGGCAUCAACACAGAUCCUCCAAAAUAGACUCGCCUUUUUCCCCCUCCUCCCCAUUGUCCUUCCCUGGUACAGAGUGUGCAUUUUGACAAGUGUGAAGUUGUUUGUUGCAAAAUUUAGCACGCAGGUGUUUUCUACUUUUGUUAGAUUUCAUUGCGUUUGGCAGGCCUGUUUUUUAAUGUUUUUUUAAACUUUGUUUCUGUGGUGCAUAUUGAACACAUACCAUCUCUGAAAAAUCUUCCACAAAAUGUAUGCAUCAAAUCUAUUCAUACAAAUUCACUUUUAGAUUUCAGAGUCUGUCAAAUAAAUGUAUUUUGGUAAAAUUGUCCCUUUUUAUAAAAUCUGCUGGCCAUA